GUGUUGAGAGAUUCACUGUGAGCAUUCGCUAUCAACAAUUGCUGACAGUUUUGACUGAGUCUCAGUUUAGGUAGCCUACUAUUAUGCACGUAGCUUUACGUAAGUGGUUAUGGAAUAGAGACUCUUACCCAGUUCCAUUGAGUCGAAUUAGUAUUGGAAGAGUCAUUCUGCUGCUAACUACAACUCAAUUCGAAUCCAUCUCCUGUUCGUGUUCCGUCACAUGAUAUUUCUGAAUAAUUCACCUAUUUGAUAGAGAAGUUGAGACAACAUUUCAAAAAUGAUUCAAAGUACGCAAACAUUCAUUUCGAUAGCACUACUUCUGUUCAUACAGAUAGCCAUUUUGUCAAUGGUCUCGGCUAGCAGUAGUACUACCAGCACAACGUCAGCACCGAAAACUGCUGAAUCAGCAUCAGCCAAGUCGAGUAGCAAAGAUGAGAUUCCCGACCAGACGUUCGACAGAUACAUAAACAACGAGAGAUACAUGCUGAUGCAGUACGAGUGCCUUAUGGGAAAUAAGCCCUGCGACCAUGUUGGACGCAAAUUGAAGGCCGCUGUACCGCUGGUGGUGAGAGGUCUAGGAUGUCCCAAAUGUUCACAACGGGAGGAAGAUCAGAUGAAAAGAAUAGUGUCACACGUUCAGCGAUCUUAUCCGGACAAGUGGCAGAAACUAAUCAAGAAAUAUGGAAACUGAUUCUGAUUGAGAGUGUACGACACUCUUCUACUUCACAAUAGUGAUACCCUUGUACUUUACAAUAGUAAUACAAUAUUGUACUUCACAAUAUUGCAGGCCCGGCCCCAGGGAUGAGCGGACUGAGCGGUCGCCCAGGGCGGCAGACUUUUGGGGCGGCAAAUUUUAGGGAACGGAGAAUUUAAAAUUAAAUAAAUAAUAGAUUCAUAAUAUGAAAAGUGAAUAGUGAAAUUAUAUAAGAAGCUUUUUCAAACUCAAACUAAUAAAGACAUAAUCCAAGAUCAACAAUGUCCCAGGAACGACUGAGUGGUCUGGCGAACAUAAAAUACCUCAGUCCCUAGAUCUUGAAGAAUUGAAGAAGGAUUUUUUCUAUGCAAAGGUCAAACGAGUUCUACUUAAUCAAACAGAUGUGUUAAACAAACUCGUGUUGUAGCAAUAUUGUAGUUUCAAUUACUUAUCAAGUUAAGUAGGCCUAAUACUCUUUUGCAGUAUCUUGAUUAAAAACUACUGUCUUAAUUAUGUUUUCUUAUUGUGUACCGGAUCUGUUCCAAACAUAAAAAAAGUUUAAUGAGAUAUUUUGUGUUACUGUUCCCCAAUUUAUUUUAUAUUUGUCAAAUACUUGCUUAAAUGUCAAUUUUGACAUAAACAACUGAUGACCUUUGGGUAAAUUUUUAAGUAAACAAUUAGACGGGAUGCCUGUUGGUGGGGGGGGGGGCGAUUUCGCCCAGGGCGGCAAAGUCCCUAGGAUCGUGCCUGCAAUAUUGUACUCUUGUACUUUACAUACACUUGUACUAGUGAUACAAAAUUGUACUUUACAAUAGUGAUACUCUUGAACUUUGCAUACUCUUGUACUUUACAAUAUUAAUAAUCUUGUACUUUACAAAUAAUUGUGAGACUCUUGCACUUUACAAUAGUGUACUCUUGUAGACUACUUUACAAUAGCGAUACUCUUGUACUUUACAAUAGUGAUACUCUUGUACUUUACAAUAUUAAUAAUCUUGUACUUUACAAUAUUGUGAGACUCUUGCACUUUACAAUAGUGUACUCUUGUAGACUACUUUACAAUAGUGAUACUCUUGUAAUUUACAAUAGUGAUACUCUUGAACUUUACAUACUCUUGUACUUUACAAUAUUAAUAAUCUUGUACUUUACAAUAUUGUGAGACUCUUGCUUUACAAUAGUGUACUCUUGUAGACUACUUUGCAAUAGUGAUAUUCUUGAACUUUACAUACUCUUGUACUUUACAAUAGUAAUAAUCUUGUACUUUACAAGAGUGAAUGUAUUUUUCGAGUGUGAAGAACUGCUCAUCACAACUGAUCUCCUUGUAUGAAGCAUCAUGAAUCAUUAUCAUUAAUCCAAUCAUUUAUAUAAGAGCAAAAUGUAUGUGACAUUUAUUAUCAUCAGAGAAGAUCGAUACUCUAAAGAGUAUCUGCUGGAGUGACGUUCGGUUGCAGAGCAGAGCGACAGUCUGUACGCACCUUAAAGCUGCGUACACAUAUACGCGCUUCCAACCCACAUCGAGCACGCUCCGCCCUCGUUCCU